UCAUUUUAUUUAUUUAUUUUACAAAUAUUACUGAUGAAUUGGUACCCAGCUUUAGCCGCCUAGCCUACUCCUGCCGUCUCCUGCUUCUCUCUGUCUCCCCCUUCAGUCUCUGUCUUUAGGUCUUUUCUCUAUUAUUUUACACUCAGCUUCUCGCAGUUUAAAAUGGCGGCGUUGAGCAGCGCCGAGUCCCCACCGCCCGUCUUCAACGGAGACGCCAUGGAUCGUGAUCCCGAGCGGGAGAGGGGACUGGACGAACUGGGAGCGGGGCUCGAACCCAUAUGUUCCGGAGGGAUCCCCGAGAGCCAACAGGACAUUCCCGAGGAGAUCUGGAACAUUAAACAGAUGAUCAAACUGACGCAGGAGCACCUAGAAGCCCUCUUGGACAAGUUUGGGGGUGAACAUAAUCCCCCAUCCAUAUACCUGGAGGCUUAUGAGGAGUACACCAGUAAGCUGGACGCUCUACAGCAGCGAGAGCAGCAACUGCUGGAGGCCAUCGGCAACGGGUCCGAAUUCUCCUGCCCUCCCCCCACCCCGGCCCUCGGCCCCACCCCUGCCCCCACCCCCGUCCCCAGCCUCCUCGAGGUGAAGAUCGGGGGGGCCGCAGGGUUCUCCUCGACCCCCUCUACUUUGGCCGUGCUCCAGACCCCCACGGACGCUGCCCGCGGCAACCCCAAGUCGCCCCAGAAACCCAUCGUCCGGGUCUUCCUGCCCAACAAGCAGAGGACAGUGGUCCCGGCUCGCUGUGGCAUGACCGUGCGCGACUCCUUGAAGAAGGCCCUGAUGAUGAGGGGCCUGAUCCCAGAAUGCUGUGCGGUGUACAGGAUACAGGACGGGGAGAAGAAGCCGAUUGGUUGGGACACAGAUAUCUCCUGGCUCACAGGGGAGGAGCUACAUGUAGAGGUUUUGGAAAAUGUGCCACUGACCACGCAUAACUUUGUGCGGAAGACGUUCUUCACCUUGGCCUUCUGCGACUUCUGCCGGAAGCUUCUGUUCCAGGGCUUCCGCUGCCAGACGUGCGGCUACAAGUUCCACCAGCGCUGCAGCACCGAGGUCCCGCUCAUGUGCGUCAACUACGACCAGCUGGACUUGUUGCUCGUGUCCAAGUUUUUCGAGCACCACCCCAUCACGCAGGAGGAGGCGUGUUCGGAGGGCACCACGCCCAUGUCCGAAGUGUGUCCGUCCCUGCCCCCUUCCGACUCCACCGGGUCCCUGUGCCACUCCCUGGCCUCCCCCUCCAAGUCCAUCCCCAUCCCUCAGGGCUUCCGGCCGGGGGACGAGGACCACCGCAACCAGUUCGGCCAGCGGGACCGCUCGUCCUCCGCCCCCAACGUGCACAUCAACACCAUCGAGCCCGUCAACAUCGACGACUUGAUUCGAGAUCAAGGUUUACAGAAAUCAGAUGGCGGCUCCACGACGGGCCUGUCAGCCACGCCCCCCGCCUCCCUGCCCGGCUCGCUGACGAGCGUGAAGAGCGCCCAGAAGUCGCCCAGCCAGCCGCGCGAACGCAAGUCCUCCUCCUCCUCCUCCUCCUCCGAGGACCGCAAUAAAAUGAAGAGCCUGGGCCGGCGGGACUCGAGCGAUGACUGGGAGAUCGCGGAGGGCCAGAUCACCCUGGGCCAGAGGAUAGGCUCCGGAUCCUUCGGGACCGUCUACAAGGGGAAGUGGCACGGAGACGUGGCUGUGAAGAUGCUGAACGUCACGGCCCCCACCCCUCAGCAGCUGCAGGCCUUCAAGAACGAAGUGGGGGUUCUGAGAAAGACGCGCCACGUGAACAUCCUGCUCUUCAUGGGCUACACCACCAAGCCGCAGCUGGCCAUCGUCACGCAGUGGUGCGAGGGCUCCAGCCUCUACCACCACCUGCACAUCAUCGAGACCAAGUUCGAGAUGAUCAAGCUCAUCGACAUCGCCCGGCAGACCGCACAGGGCAUGGACUAUUUACAUGCCAAGUCCAUCAUUCACAGAGACCUGAAGAGCAACAAUAUAUUCCUGCAUGAGGACCUCACGGUGAAGAUUGGGGAUUUUGGCCUGGCCACAGUGAAGUCCCGCUGGAGCGGGUCGCACCAGUUCGAGCAGCUGUCUGGGUCCAUCCUGUGGAUGGCCCCGGAAGUGAUCCGCCUGCAGGAUAAAAACCCGUACAGCUUCCAGUCCGACGUCUACGCCUUCGGCAUCGUGCUGUACGAGCUCAUGAGCGGGGCGCUGCCCUACUCCAACAUCAACAACCGAGACCAGAUCAUCUUCAUGGUGGGGCGGGGCUACCUGUCGCCGGACCUGAGCAAGUCUCGCAGUAACUGCCCCAAGGCCAUGAAGAGGCUGAUGGCCGACUGCCUGAAGAAGAAGAGGGAGGAGCGGCCCCUCUUCCCCCAGAUCCUGGCCUCCAUAGAGCUGCUGGCACGCUCCCUACCCAAAAUCCACCGCAGCGCCUCCGAGCCCUCCCUAAACCGGGCGGGGUUCCAGACCGAGGACUUCAGCCUGUACGCCUGCGCCUCCCCCAAGACCCCCAUCCAAGCGGGGGGGUACGGGGAAUUCUCAGCUUUUAAGUAACGGAGCAAAUGCCACCAGUACAUCCCUUAUCACCUUUCAAAAAGUCUUGUGUUCCUACAGUGGGUUCAUCCAUUUUACAAACAGAAAAAAUAGCAACAGUUACUAUAAUUGCGCUGUUUCCUUCCUUUGCAAUCUAAAGAGCGACAAUUGCACUGGAACAGCAAAAAAAAAAACAAACGGACAGAUCGCAAAAUGGGGGAAAAAUUAGACUAAUGGGGGAAAAAAACUUAAAUAAUGACCAAACAUAAUAUAUAAAUGGACAGGAAUUCCUUGUCCGUGAAGUUGUGGGUAAACCCCGUAGGAGACAGAGAUAAUUUGCCAACAAUCUCCCCUCAAGCUCGCUGAAGAGGGGGAUGGAGGGGGGAGAGCAAGAAGAGAGGAUGGAGGGAAGAGAAACGGAGGUCAGCCGUCGCCGUGGUGACGCCUCGUCUUGUCCCCUCCAGCCGAUUGGUCGGCGGUGGGUCGCGUGAGGCAAGCCGCAGCAUGGAAUCCGCACUUUGACCAAUGGCACUAGAGAGGGCUGUGAAAGGGGCGGUCAGCCCCGGCUGCUCAUUGGCUGGCACUGGUUGAUGGACCUUUGUCAGAGCCAAUCUCGUAGAGGCGCCAGAGGACACAGGGUCAGACCUGUUGGAAGACGACUUGAAUGCUUUAUUUAUGUUUUAAUUCUAUUUUUGUUGUUUUUUAUUUUUAUUAUUAUGUUUGGCUUUGAGGUUUUGAGGUAUGGUGGGGGAGGGGGAGGGGGAGGGAGGUUUCACCAAUGUUUUUGUCUUGCUUUUUGUAUGUUUCGUCUAGUCGUAUUGUUCAGAAAAAAAGAACACAAGUUCUUGAAGAGGUUUUUUUUUCCUUUCACCUCAGGGUGCUCCGAUGAAGUGGAGCAUCCCAGUAAAUCAGCUUCAGCUCGAAACGCUGUCACAAAGAGGCCCAAUCAGCUUCAGCUCGAAACGCUCUCAGGAGACAGUCAGCUUCAGCUCUGAGGAGCCGCAGUCAGCUUCAGCUCGAAGCGCUGAGGAGCGCCAGAGCUGAAGCUUCGCAGACAUUUGUUCGGCCGCUUCACCCGAGAGGCUCGUUUCAGGACACACUGGACCCCCUUUUUUUUAGACAGGAAUCCUCGAGUAUUCCCCCCUGUUCGCUUGCAAAGCGAAGGAGAGCCCAGAAGGUGGGCGUGGUAGCUAAGGAGCAGCAGUCUUUAUUACAUUCAGUUGCAUUCAGAGGCGCUCCUAUGAAAGGAAGCGUGUUGGUCAGAGCUAUCGGCUAGCGCCUGCUUGUCUGGAUUUGUCCAUGAACAGAGGAUGCUGUGCACCUGGAGUGCACAGAGAGAGAGAGUGGAUUUGUUUCUGGACGCUAGACUGCAAUUAUGCUUUGUUUGUUCAGUUAGCCCAAUCAUGUAAUGAAUGUGGCGUUUUGUUUAAUGAAUUUGUCAUUGACCGCUACGGACUGCCUGUGUCCUCAUCUGAAAAUAGUCUAAUAUUAUGAGCUGUAUGAUAUCCAGGACCCAAGUUGUGCACCCCUGCUGUCACUGGUGUUCACUUGGGCAGUGAUGGAGAAGGCACUGUCCUGAAUGGUUAAACUGCCGUGCAGUGGUGGUAUGAACGUUCCUGUGCAGACGUGAAGCAGCCGGAGAGGCAGGCUUUGUUUGGGGAGUAUUGAUGUGUUCCUGUCUGGCUUGUCCUGUGAGCUCUGCUGGUCUUCAUUGGCCAGCGUUGGCUGUUAUUAGUGAACAAGAGGCGGACGUCCAGGACAGAGGGAAAUAAACGGGGAGCAGUUCCUGCUACUGUGGAGAUAUAAUAACUCUGUGAAACAUCGUGCCAUAGUGAACCGGUUCCUUUGGCUUAAGCUGCAGCUUCUUUCUGCUCGUGUGCAAGACUGCGGCUUUUGUUAUAAGCUCUAGCUGACGUCGUAGUAAAUUGCUUUUCUUCGCAACUUCAGUUUUAUUUGUUGUUGCGAAUACAAGAUGGGCCGACUCUGCCAGGGACGAGGAGAGGGUACUGUAGCACCGUGCUAAUGAUGGUAAUGAAGGCUUUGUGUUUCAGAACCAGACCUGACGUCAGAAACAGGACGACUGCUAGUACGUCCUGUAUGAACUGCUAGUACGUCCUGUAUGAACUGCUAGUACGUCCUGUAUGAACUGCUAGUACGUCCUGUAUGAACUGCUAGUACGUCCUGUAUGAACUGCUAGUACAUCCUGUAUGAACUGCUAGUACGUCCUGUAUGAACUGCUAGUACAUCCUGUAUGAACUGCUAGUAAUGCGCCCAGCUAAGUGGGGACUCAAAGGGUUAAACCCCUUCUGAAACUAUAAACCCUCCUUGAUUUAAUCUUUUAGUCAUUGCAGUUAUUUAAGGGUAAUGGGCGUUUUAUUUAAUUUAUAUUUCCAAACGUUUCUGCUUUUAUGUGGCCAGACAGGCCUGCGAAGUCGGAAUUAUUUAUGAAAACUUUAUUUUUGCUUAAUUUUUUUUAGAUAUGUGGUCUUUAGUAAGAUAGUUUUUAAACCGUAAAAUACAACCUUAAUGGCUGUGUUUGUGACCCAGUUGUGCUCGAAUUACUUUAGCAGGACAAGAGUUAGAUGCCGAGGUCUCGGCCAGUUUUCUCUUGGAUAGGAGCCCAGCGUUGCCUGCGUCCAGGAGCCCAGCGUUGCCUGCGUCCAGGAGCCCAGCGCUGCCUGCGUCCAGGAGCCCAGCGCAGGGUGUGGGACUCAUUUCGUGGAGAGCAGUGUUUUAAUUACAGUCAUAAAUCUGACCUUUCUUCACUGACGCGGUUUAUACCGGCGGCACAGAAACCUCUUCUGAUGCAACACUUGAGCCUUUACCUCCAGAAACAGUUUGCCUAACAACAAUUCUGUGACAGAUUUAAAUAGAGCCUGCACAUUUUGUGUGUGUGUGUGUGUGUGUGUGUGUGUGUGUGUGUGUGUGUGUGUGUGUAUCCAUUUUGUCCUGUGUGUUCAUCGCUGCACUGGUGCAUUAGAAAUCACACAGUUUACUUUUGUGCAUCAGUCCCCCAGAACAGAUGCAGAAAAGCCAAUUAAACGGACCCUGCAGGACACAUCAGGGUUUCGGAUUCUGCAGGAUUGGAGCGGGAGGAAGGCCAGCAGUGACACCCCUGCUGUUUACCUGACGUGUUGAGGACCCUCCUCCCCAAUCCCCGUGUUUUCUUUAAUGCACUUAGUUGGUCCUCCACACUGCAGUCCCCCUGCUGUCCAGAAGGGGGCAGGUUUGGUCCUCCCGAUGCACUGAACUACUCAAACGGGGGAGGCGUUUUUAAAAGUGAGCCGUGGCUUUCCGACCUUUCUCUUAAACGGUCGGUGGGGCUGACAUUUUACGCGAUCUUCGAUGUAGGUUUAAAUCCGAUGAAGAUGUAUAGAGCUGCUUUGAUUUUUUUAAGAAACACGCUUAAUCUGAGAAAUAUGAUACAGCAUAUUUCUGAUUCUGAAUUAAAGCUAUUUUUAAGCUAUUUUGAGGUAGUAUCAGUAAUUGAAGUUGUCUUGAGUUUUGUUUUUUCCUUCCUACAAGAUGCCAGCCAAAGAGUGUGUAGAUUUUAUCUGACCCACGAAAGGGAAGUAAACCUGUUAAGCAUACAGAAUUAUUUUAUGGGUGCGCAAAGUCACAGAAGUGCUGCGGAAGAUCUCCCAAGACACCUGAAGCCAGGUGAUGGUUAAACUCGGGUCAUUCUCCAAAAUCCAAAAUGUCCUCCAAAAUCUUGCCUUAGAUCACGAUCCGGAACAUUGGACAUUUUGGGUGAUCAGCCAGUUGCAGUGGUACAGUAACACUGGAGUACUUCUCAUAGUUUCUAAACCAAGGAGCUCUGUUGAACCCAGUAAUGGCCCCUAACUGUUAGUUUUAUCUCAAACAAAAGAAAAAUCUUACUUGGUUUACAGUAUUCAUUUUUCGUCGGCAAAUUGUCAAAUUGGUUAAAACAUGGCUUUUUUACCCCUCAUUGUAUCACAUUUCCUGCAGUUUCACCUCACCUGUGUAAUAGGUGAGCACAGCUAAUCAGAGUUCACCUGCGAGUUGAGGCUUCAGAAAAAGUUUGACAUGGCGUACGCGUGCAAAGUGCACCAUGGGAUAGCUCAUCAGUCCCGCCUCAGAUAGAUUUCUUUGAUGGCUCAUUCUCAUUGUUGAUAUUCUCCGAGCGCUGAGUUUGUACUGAGAGUCGUGCAUCUUGAAAGGCGGGGAAGGGGAUCUUUGAUGUUUGAGCGGUAAGAGCGGGCGGAACGCUGGUGCACAGAUCCCUGGUGCACGGCAGCAUGCCACGCUGCAUUAAUCACCUCUCAAACGGCCAGGGACCGGAGUGAUGAACUGGGGAGAGAGAGAGCGAACGGAGAGAGAAAGCGAGAGAGAGAGAGAGAGCCGCACUCUGCGCUCUGUUAACUGUGUACAGAACUGCGCAGCGACUGUCAUUCCCAGCUCAGACUCGUCUCCCGAAUGGCUUUAAAGUGACGACCCGAUUUCUUGAUCUCAUUUAUUUGUCCUCCACUUGGUUGUUUAGUAACAGCGUGUUAAUCGUGAAAGUAGUACAGUACUGCCGCGGGCAAGGUUAACAUGCACAGCCGAGGUGUAAUUUUGAAUUUGUAGCUCGUGUUCUGGGCCGAAAUUACUCCUCUAGCAAGAGCAGCAAGGGUCUGAAGGAACGGCUCUGUUUUGCUUUCAUAUUUUAUACAUGAAGUACGCAAAGAUUCAGGAGUCCCAGCUUUAGAUGGAAUAUGGAACGUGGAAUAUAUUUUUUUCCCCCCACCUACCGUUUAAAAGCCCCUUGUCAGUCCUCUAGCAGUGUUGUGGAAUUAUGGUCACACAUAUUCCAAAGGCAGAAUAACCGUUUUCCACGUAACGUACUGUCUAGUGGGGUUUGGAACAAUUCAGAAAUUCAGAAGUUCUGAGCAUUUGUUGGACUGAUGCACUGUCCUUAAAAACUGGAAGAAAAAAUGAUUAUGAAAACACUGGAAAAUACAAGUGUCCUAAAUGUGUAAACAUUUUGGUUUUACUUUGAAGUUUGAUUGUGACCAAUAUAUAAGUGUAUACUGGUGGAAGUACUACAAAUCUUCCCAUAAAAGUUCUUGACUGUGUCAAGGAAGCAAGUGGAUUACAGUAGGAAGAUGCUUAACAAAAUUUGUUGGCCUUAAAUACAUUUUUGGAGCAGACUGUCAACCCGUUGAAUAGCAAGGUGGACUAUUCAGGCUUGGAUCCUGUGUGACUGCAUUUAAAGAGCUGUUCUACAGUAGAUUAUGGAUCUUCCACAGUAAUGUCCCUCAUUCCCAGGAACUGUGGGUGAAGCCCAAAUCGAGGUCCCUGUAUCAGGAUAAGACUUUAGUUUAGGCCCCGUUUGUCCCCAAGGCCAUUAUGACCCGUCUGUAGUGGUGAAUAUCCCCGCCCCGUGACUGCUGAUGUAACCGUAAUGUACAGCUUACACCCCGCGUCUGUCAGUGCUGCAGUGCCUGUGACUGCACCACCUUUAGGAGAAAGGUCCAAAAAUUCAGGAGAUCAGGGUAUUUCUGUGUUUCAGAGAUUUAAGUCCUGGAGUUGUAUUUGUUUUUGUUUUCAAAUAUACAGUAUAUAAUAUUUUUUAUGUUGUGGUCACAGGCCGUUUUUUUCCCACCAUUGUUGUAUAUUUGUUAAAGGUAUAAGCUAUGAGGAGCUUAACUGGAGCUUAUUUAAACCUUUGUACCUUUGGGAAGACACUGAGACCCACUUAUACCCUCAGAACUGUUUGUGCCAUGCUGGGAGUUGUUUUCAUGUACCAGUAUGUCUCAGAGAGAUGUACCUAAUUUGGGAUAUUUUCCUAUUUAUUUAUUGUAUUAUUAUUAUUAUUAUUAUUAUUAUUAUUAUUAUUAUUUAAAAUACCAUAAUGAGUUGAAAUUGUUUUUCAUGGAAGAAAAUCAGCAGGAAAGACAUGCCUGGAUACCACACCAGUUCUGCCUGCGUGUCUGCUCGUUUGAACGUAGCAAUCGAGUAAAGAGUAAGCUAUCGCUACCAUUAUACAAUAUGUAUGUGGGUAGAAAAUCUUAAGGUUUUUUUGUUUUGUUUUGUUUUGUUCUUGAGGACCCUCUUGCCUUCAGCCACUUUAUUUUUUCUUCUGUGGAACUCGGCAGAAAAACAGGAAUUACUGCGAUGUUGUCUUUUAAGAGUAUUUAUUUUAUACAAGUAUGUUUUUUUUUUCUUCUUUCUUUUAUGUCUUCGUGAAGAGAAUCUUGCUAAGGUUUAUUAUCUGAAGUGGGAUCCAGUGAAAGGAUGGAAUAAUUUUAUGGAGGUGUUGCUCUCAUUCUGUAUGGCCCGUAUGAAACGAGCACGGGCCGUUUGUAUUGCUUUCUCUCCUGUAUGUUGUUUUGAUCAUGGUGAAGCCUUGCCAGAGCCCUCGCUGGCUAAUGCCACUCAUGUUCCUUUCUGCUCUGCAUUUGGCAACAGCUUCACCCCCUUCCCUCUCCCUCUGUCACUCUCCCACCUUUUGGGGAAUUUCAUUUCUGCUUGUAAAUUUGUACAUUUUGUCAGUUUGCUAGAAGGCAUGGAGACCACAACGAAAUAAAAAAUAAAAUUAAAAGUUGGUUCAAAUGGCGAAAUAAAAAAGGUAAAAAUGUUUUGAUAGAUGAAAUUCUGAGAAAAAAAAACUAUUUCUGUGUAAAAAAAAAAAAAAAUGAAGAUUGUAUUAUAUCAAAGGAAAAAAAAGAGGUAAAUGUAUUUGUUGUGAAUAUGAGAAGCAGAUAUAUUAAAGAAGUGCAUGAAAUGUU